AGUGAAGACGGAGAUGAGAGGAGGUGGUGAAAAGCACAGCACUACAUACAAAAGCUUCACUCUCCAUCACCCUAAGCGAUCAGAAGUGAAGACGGAGAUGAGAGGAGGUGGAGAAAAGCACAGCACUACAUACAAAAGCUUCACUCUCCAUCGCCCUAAGCGAUGGCAUGUCCUCACUGGCAAAGGAAUGUGUUUCAUCAUGUGGAGCACUUCUUCUGGGCAUUUGGAUCAUGCAAACAUCUUUCUCAGGAAUAAGUCGGAUUUUAUAGGGAGUGCAAUGGUAGAAUUUGGUGAACUACUUACAUAUGAGGCUUCAAGGGAUUGGUUGAUGCAAUUUAGAGUAUGAUGGUUGUGCUGUUCGAAUCUGCAUAACCAUGUGCUUGUAAGUUUUAUGUGUUCUGAACACCUCGGGAACCUAGAAUCAUUGGCAUCUUGAGGGACAUGGAUAAACUCCUGCAAUUCCAUGUUAUUACUUUUUGUUGUUCGCAUCACAUUACCAAAAAUAUCUAUUCGUUUGUUUUGGAUCUGGUGCAUCUAUUGUAUUUCUUAUGGCACUAGUACAUAAUGUUGUUGUUAUUCUGAUUAAUGGAGUGGAUAGUCAGGAUGUGUGAUGGCUCUUCAUGCUGCUCACAUGAAUUAUUAUCA